AAAGGAUUCACAAUUAAGCUUCGUCAUGAGCGGCCACAAACGACAAUGGGUUCUUGUCGUUCUUGUUUGUCUAGGUUUAUUAACGUUAUAUACUGCUAAUGGACACCCGUAUCUCGAACGAAAUGCUGAGACGGGAAUAAGAGAUGAUCCAGCAGAACUUAUGCUGCUUAGUUUGGUGGAAAGAGAAGCAAAAAACGAGGAUAUAUCUGGAGGACAACAGUCUGGUUCAAGUGAAAAUGUGGCUACAACCAAUUCAUUACAGUCAAAUACAAUUUCAGCCAGUUUAAUGAAACAACAAACCCCAAGCCUAUCGACUUUAAAUCGAAAUGUGGCUACAGUUGCCUCGGACAAGACGAGUAUUUCGAAGGCAGCGUUGACUCAGAAUGUAAGAAUUAUCGCAACAACAAAUGUGGCGACAGGUAUCACUAUCGGUUUGACAAGUACUCGAACUACGAGUGUAAACAUGAAUAAAACGAAUUCAAGUCGAACGCUUCAAAACGCCCCAAAUAAAUCGAGUAUAAUCUUGGCCACGUAUGCAAAAGAAUUGAAGCCUUCAUCUAUCCAGCACCCAACUGGGAGCCUAUCUUUGAGCGUGGUCAAUGGUGCGUCAAGCUUCAACUCUGCAUUAACAUCUAGUCCUAGGACAACCGUUCUAGCAACGAAGCCUGCCCCAAGUUCUGUGGCUGUAAAUUUAAACCUAAGUGGAUCAACUAACUCAGCAGCCAUUAGACAGCAAAUAAUCACCAGUUCUCUAUAUCUGAAUGUCAUUCCUACAAGUUCUGCUGGGCUACAAAACGUACCAUCAUCUAAUGUCAUUUUCAACAGUAUGGUAGUACAAUCAAGCCCAUUAGUCAGGUCAAGCAUAGCUGCAUCAGAAAAAGCAUCAAUGUCAAUUACAACACCCAAACUUGGUGCUUCUAGGACAUCUUCUCAGAGUCUAACAGAAUCAACAGCAAUUCAGAAGCCUUCUGAAACAUCAUCCACCAAAGCUAUAUCCAAGGGCCUAUCAACUAUUGCUCUAGAGGUACCAUCCACUCAGGUAUCAAGCAGCGCAAAUACUAAGCCACCAUCCCAAACAUCAGAAAAACUACCAUCUACAAACCAGCAAACUACACCACCAUCGACAACACCACAAGGAUCCUCCUCACCACCUACAAAAGGAAUUACUGUGCCUGAGUCUACUUCUACCGUCAGAAGUAGCGACAAACCAACAACUAAAUUAACUACUAAAAAUCCGACCACAGUGGAGAGUAAAAAGCCAUCAACAAAAGCUACUUCUUCUGCCUCAUCAACAAGUGAAACCUCAACAACUGUUACAAAACAACCAACCACAAAAAUGAAACCAAAGACAACAAAGGAAGUUAAAACAAAAGCAACUUCUAAAGCAACAACAACAGCAAGUGAUAUGUCAACAACUGUCCCAAAAAAACCAACAACAAACCCGAAACCUGAGACGACAAAUGAACCAAUAAUGCCUAAAACAACAGCAGCUGAAAAAGCCCAAACAAUCAAGCAAAAUAAUGAUGAAGGAAGAAUGCCCCCUCCAGACCAAGGAAAAGAAGCUGUGUUGUGGGAUUUCAUAAUUCCUGUAGCAAUUGGAACAGGUGUAGCACUUGUAAUUGCAUUUGGUGUCAUAGUAGUCAGAGCUUGUCGAAGAAGACGAUUGAUUAAAGUCAGAUUUGGAGGAAAGCCAAGUCAUCCGCGAUUGCUAAAUAAUGAUUUGAUCAACCUUCUGGCAGAGUCGGAUGAUGAAGAAGAGGAAUAAUUUAGUUGUGAAUGUCGUCAAGCUUAUAAAUUAUCAUUCUAAUGGUAUCCAAGUGUUUUUAAAGACAGAUUUAUAAUAUAUAUUUACCAUUAGUUAUUUUUACACUUUA